CGGGCUGUAAUACUUUUAUGUAUAAAUGUAAGUUUCACUUUAUGUUAUUUCUUCAUUGUGGCAUAGUGUUGAAGUAAUUUUACCGGCGAUAUGAAGAUUGCUUUGACGCUGCUUGUCGUCUUCUUUUGGGCAUGGUGCCCAAGCGAUGCCAAACACGUCCCUUGCCCAUUCCCAGAGGAGCUUUGGUGCAGUUCCAGGGAAAUAGCAACAGCUUGUCAGGCCUCCUGUCGAAAUAUUCCAGAGAAGAAAAGCAAUGCCGUGCAGAUCUCUCUCUAUUAUGAAUCCUUGUGUCCUGGUUGUCGUGAAUUCUUUGUAUCGCAGCUUUAUCCUACAUGGCUUACGCUGGGUGAUGUUAUCAAUAUGACUCUUGUACCAUAUGGAAAUGCAGAGGAGAGAAAUACCUCCUCUGGGAAGUGGGAGUUCACCUGUCAGCAUGGGGAAAGUGAAUGUCUUGGAAAUAUGAUUGAGACUUGCAUAAUGUAUUAUUUGAAGGAUGCCAGCGCUUAUGCCAAUGUGAUCUACUGCAUGGAGAGUUCUGUGGAUGUCCUCAAAUCUGCACCACUGUGCCUUCAGAUAUAUUCAAAGGAUGUUACCUGGGAUAAAGUACAGAGCUGUGUCAAUGGAGACUUAGGAAAUCAGCUGAUGCAUCAGAAUGCUCUUAUGACCGAUGCACUCAGUCCACAACAUGAGUACGUUCCAUGGAUCCUGGUCAAUGGGAAGCACACAGACGACCUCCAGAAGCAGGCUCAAAGUGCACUAUUCAACUUGGUGUGUAAGCUGUACACUGGAGAAAAGCCAGAUCCAUGCCAAGCAGUCUAAGCAGCUACUACAGACAAACGAAGUUUGCAAGAUUGAAAGCUAAUUAUGAUUUUUAAAAAAAGAUUGUCAAAGUAUACAAUUUAACCAAAUUGUAAAUGUUCAGAUCAAUCCAGAAAGAAAAUAUUGAUUUGCUCCUAAUCAACAGUCAGCACUUUGAUGUUUAAGACUAGAAAAGAGUCUUGACAAUGUCUAGACUGCAAUCCCAGAGUACUAUACAUUGUGCUUUGUAUUCUAUACCCGCAGUUUUCUUAGUGGGGUAGAAAAGCAGUCCGUUUCCAUUUUUGUAUUUUUGUUACUUGUAUAUUAUCUAGGGUUUCCACCUUUUGUUGUGGCUAAAACUGGACCAAAGCCACACCCCUUGCAACUCACAUAACCCCUCCCAUCUCCCACCCACUUUCCACAUAUUUCGUGACAUCAUUGUCACAUUAGUUGACAUUUUUUCCAUUUGUGAUGUCUUCUUUUUCUGUAAAAAGCAUAGUAAAUCCACUGAUUUAACAAAACUCUGGUGUUUCUUUUUUGAAUACCAGAGAUUGUACAGUGUUUUCCAGACUACUGGACAAUUAGUUUGAUUUCUGGAUAGUCAGGAAAAAAAUGGAUAGGUGACAAUGCUAAUAUUAUCUAUAGAUUCCCUCCUUGUCAGAGGAAGUUUGCAGACAUAAAAAGUUCUUUAAAAGAACACUAUAUAUUGCAACUGUUUUGUAAGUGUUUGCUUUUGACUUGUGUUGCUAUGGAUACCACUACCACAUGCUGAUGAAUAUGGUUAUCAGGUAGAGAGAAGCCUCAAGGAGUCAGUAUUUUGCUUUUUAUGUAGUGAGAAGUUAUAAAUAAACAGAGAAGAAACACUGAGGCAACUUAUUUUUAAAAUUAAAUUUAUUCAAAUUAGCUUUAUAAGUUCUGAAUUUAGUUAUAUACUGGAAUGCAUGUCAUGAUUAGAAAAUGUGGAUAAUAUAUAAACUAUGCAAUGAAAUUGCAAAAUAUACAACAAUUCUGUAAAUAGAUUACAGUCUAGAAAGUUGCAUGUUAUUUUAUUGUAUUUCUGCAACUAUCAUUUUAAAAAUGACAGAUAUAUAUCUAGAUAUCUCAGGGGCACUGCUGGAGAGGCUUUUAUUAUAAAACUCUGAAGGAAUAAAUUUCUGUUGCUGUUGACCAUUCAUUUAAUCACAUUCUGUGCAGGGUCAUUUUGUUUCAGAUUAUGUGGUCAGGCCUAACCAGUCUGUAACAUACAUCUUUUUGUGUAUAAUGUCAUCUCCCAAGGACAAGUCCCAUACAAAAAUUGCAUUGUGUACCUUAAAGAAAAGUGAAAAAUCAUGUAAAUGCCAUCUGUGGCACAAAAAUGCCUCAGUUUUUUUUUUUAUCUGUGUACUUCAUUUUAAGAACAAUUUUCACCAGCAUGUAUGUUUGUCAGGUAACAAAGAUAAAAUUUUUAUUUUCCUUUUUAUAGGCUACAGUACUAGUGGCGGUUCUGAAAUGAAAUUACAGUGUAUAUGUAGACUAAGCCAUUUUUGUGUACUAUGUUACCUAGUUUUACGUAGGAAUGUAUUAUACACUUAGGAAUUUAAUAGUGUACAUGCAUUUAAAUAUGUGAUACAUUGAAAAUAAAAAAAAGUUUCAUCUGCAGUGUGAUGUAUACAAUUUAGCUACAUUUUUUGCACACAACACUGCAAAUUUAGUGGGUACAUUGUAAGUGAUAUAACUCCUGUACAGUGUAUUUCCAGGUAUUAGAAAUGUCUGAGUGUCCAUUUUGCUUGUUUGCUAUAUUUUGCAAACUGCAUUUACAGCUUACUUAAAUUACAGAACUGUUUUAUUAGCUAUAUCUGUGUUGAAACAUUUGCUGUAUUUUCCAAACUGCAUUUACAACUCAAUAAAUUACAGAACUGUUUUAGCUA